GACGAGCGUCUCGGGAGCAAAAUUGCGCAACCAAUCAGAAGCGUUCACAUUUCUUAUCAAUAUUUGUGAAAAUCACAUUUCUUAUCAUAUAACGUGAUAUUGUUAUCUGCUGUGGUGAUAAUAUAUUCUUUAUAAUAUAUAAUUAUUAAUUUAUUAUUAUUUUAAUUUUUAAUUAUAAAUUAUAAUAUUUACACAAUUAGUAAUUAUACAUAAUAAAAUGGAAGAUUUAGGAAUUGCAACCAGUAGUAACAUGGAAGAGCUUAAGUGCUUGGUUUGCAAUAAAUAUUUUAGCUAUAAAAGAACUUUAAAGAGACACUCAAUUACUUGUGGCUCUAAAGAGUCUAAAAAUAUUAAUAGCGUGCAAUGUCCAGAUUCAGCUUGUAAUAAAACAUUCACAAACAAAAAAAACUUGAAAUUUCAUAUAGAGGCAGACCAUGGCGUGAAAUUACUAAACGAAAAAAGAACGUUUGCAACUCUUCAUGAUUUCAAGGAAUGGAAAUUAAAACUGGAAGAUGAUAAUUUAUGUUUUUAUGCGUUAAGUGCUCGUAAGACUGUAGGACAGAAUAAAACUGUAACGUAUCUGGAUUGUCAUCGAACCGGUAAUUUCCAAAGUAGAUCAACAGGUGUCCGUAAAAUUAAAAGUCAGGGCACAAACAAAAUUGGAUCUACAUGUCCUUCGUCAAUGGUAUAAAUUUAAAAUUUCUUAAUCUUGACGUUUCGUUU